GCUCCGUCUCCGUUAGACCGAGUAGCGGCGCUCACUCAGUGCUUUCAGCCGGAGCGCUGCGCUCAUCCCGCGGACGGACUGUCCUCGAUCUUCGGCCAAUUUACCCCAUAAUUACCAGCGAACAGGCCGCCCCGCGCCCACUAAACUAACGGGUUAACAUUCCCCUCGGAGCGAGACAGCGGAAUUUGAGAAAAGCGCUGUAUUUCAGGCCAGCUCUCCUCUCGAUCAUGUUUGGGAUUAAUUUCUGAGGUAACGUUUCUACGAUCUGAAGAUCACAUUUUUUUUCCAGCGCGUGGAGCCUCAGAUCUGCACUGGGACGAAACGAACGGACUCCGCGGUCUCUCCUGUCGUCCAGUGCGCUGUCGAAACGAGAGAAGGGAGCAUGCGUGAGUAACAGGUUUCUGUGGCGGGACCUCAAGCUCCUCCCCUCAUCUGGAGCCCCUGCGCUGUAGGAUACGAGACUGUCUUCCUUCACACACUCUGACACAGCUCAACAGGUGUGAAGAUGAGGAAGUUUGCGUACUGUAAGGUGGUGCUGGCCACCUCUCUGGUGUGGGUGAUGCUAGACAUGUUCAUCCUCCUCUACUUCAGCGAAUGCAACAAAUGUGAUGACAAAAAAGAGCGAGGACUGCCAGGGAGAGACACUGUGGUUCAAAGGCCUCAUGACGGCCCAGGGGAGAUGGGAAAGCCAGUUGUCAUCGCUAAAGACCAACAGGAGAGGAUGAAGGAAAUGUUUAAGAUAAACCAGUUUAACCUGAUGGCCAGCGAGAUGAUUGCACUCAACCGAUCCUUACCGGAUGUGCGUCUCGAGGGGUGUAAAACGAAGGUGUAUGCAGACGAUCUCCCACGCACCAGUGUGGUGAUUGUGUUCCAUAAUGAAGCGUGGACCACUCUGCUCCGAACGGUCCACAGCGUCAUCGACAGGUCACCGAGACCCCUGCUGGAGGAAAUCGUGCUGGUGGAUGACGCCAGUGAGAGAGACUUCUUGAAGAGGCAGUUGGAGCAGUACGUGCGGAAGCUGGAGGUUCCUGUCAAGGUGAUACGGAUGGAGCAGCGCUCGGGCCUGAUUCGCGCUCGGUUGAAGGGGGCGUCCAUCUCCACAGGUCAGGUGAUUACCUUCCUGGAUGCCCACUGUGAAUGCACCACCGGCUGGCUAGAGCCUCUGCUAGCUCGCAUCAAACUUGACAAGAAAACCGUAGUGUGUCCCAUCAUUGACGUGAUCAGCGAUGACACGUUUGAGUACAUGGCAGGCUCUGAUAUGACAUAUGGUGGCUUCAACUGGAAGCUGAACUUCCGCUGGUAUCCGGUACCACAGAGAGAGAUGGAUCGCAGGAAAGGAGACAGAACGCUGCCUGUCAGGACCCCCACUAUGGCAGGUGGUCUCUUCUCCAUAGACAGAGAUUAUUUCCAGGAGAUUGGCACAUAUGAUGCAGGCAUGGACAUUUGGGGAGGAGAGAACCUGGAGAUCUCCUUUAGGAUUUGGCAGUGCGGGGGAACGCUUGAGAUCGUCACGUGUUCUCACGUCGGUCACGUGUUCCGUAAGGCAACGCCGUACACGUUCCCUGGUGGAACUGGGCAGAUCAUCAACAAAAACAACAGGCGGCUGGCAGAGGUCUGGAUGGAUGAGUUCAAGAACUUCUUCUACAUCAUCUCACCUGGUGUGACGAAAGUGGAUUAUGGAGACAUCUCAACCAGAACAUCCCUGAGACAGAGACUGCAGUGUAAGCCGUUCUCCUGGUACCUAGAAAAUGUCUACCCAGACUCCCAGAUACCACGCCACUACUACUCGCUGGGAGAGAUCCGUAAUGUGGAGACUAAUCAGUGUCUGGAUAACAUGGCCAGGAAAGAGAAUGAAAAAGUGGGCAUUUUCAACUGCCACGGCAUGGGUGGCAACCAGGUUUUCUCGUACACAGCCAAUAAAGAGAUCCGAACUGAUGACCUCUGUUUGGAUGUGUCCAAACUCAAUGGUCCGGUUAUGAUGCUCAAGUGCCAUCACUUGAAAGGCAACCAGCUCUGGGAAUAUGACCCUGUGAAGCUGAGCCUGGUACACGUGAACAGUAAUCAGUGUUUGGAUAAGGCGUCUGAAGAUGACAGUCAGGUGCCCAGCGUCAAGGACUGCACCUGGAGCCGCUCGCAGCAGUGGCUGCUUCGCAAUGUCACACUGCCUGAGAUAUUCUGAGCUCGCACACGGACGGACAGAUGGACAGACUCUCACACCGUCGCUGAUGGAGAGAACGUGAGAGAAAGGACGGCUUUCCUCUCAAUCCUGGUGGACUGCCUUCAAAUGAUCUGAAAGAACAGAACCGCAUAUGUAUAUGAAUCUCCCCAUCACUCCACCUUGCAGAGGAAAAGAACAAACGAUGGAGAGAAAGACUCAUGGAGAAAGAAACUUGAGUUUGAUGCCGUUAUCCUCCUCGUUCGAGGGGCAGCGGGCAUUUUGGUUAUGUUUACGAGAACGCCUCCCUUUUAGAGUAUCAGUGUGUGUGUGUUUAUGUGUGUGUGCGUGACGAGAAUGCGUGAGUCACAGUGUUUUCCACAGGAGUUUUCACCCUUUUUUAAUUUAAAUAUUUUUCAAGCCUUGUAGAAAUGAAGGGUAUCUAGCACAUGAAGGAGAGGCUGACGUGUGUCUGAGUGCAUGUGUGUGCAUGUGAGAUUUCAAGUGUGUCACAUAUCAGGAUGGAUCUCCUGUCUGUGGACUUUACAGUGCUCUGCUAUCCGUUUGAAGCAGGGGCUCCCCCUACUGGCCACCGACACACACUGACCUGUCUGUCAAUCUUCAUCUCAGCCAGUGGACUACCUACAAUCAAUCACCAUAUAGAUCUAUAAUCAAUGAAAAAAGGAUGACUGUCCGACCAGGAUGUUUUUCAUAUCAUCAGUGUUCAUGUAACUUUUUUUUUACACCGGAGGUUGAUACUUUUUUUGGUUUCUGCAUUUUUGAGUGCCACGUACAAGCACUUUUCACUUGUUUGGUGUUGUUUUUUAUGUCAAGUCUGUCUCUUAAAGAUAUUAUUGUAAUUUAACAUGCAAUUUCAGGACAGUCCUGAACUCACCCCGAAUUGUUGCCUUCCUUUGGGUUCCAGCCCUUCAGCUAACAUUGUUUACCCAUAAGCAUGUGGGUUGAUCGGGAAGAGAUGGAUCAUCUUCUGUCAUAUCAUCCAACUGUACAAGGGCUUGGUCUCACUGUGUACAUGCACGAGAAAGAACUCUUUCGUCUGAUAUCUUUCUUUGUUUACGUUCACUUUAAAUUGUUAUUGACUUUUGUGUAGAAUUUCUUUAAUUCAUCAACGCAUUUGGCAUUUGAAGGUGAAAGAAGGCUGCUUGCCACAUUUCAACUGAUGUCUGAUAGCCUACAGAGAUUGUCCUGCAUUUCAGAUUCACCAAUUUCAUUCUUCUGAUUUUAUUUUCAAAUGGUCUGAGAUUUCAUUUGGGCUGUGAUGGUUGGAAAAUGAAAUUGAACCCCUCUGUUUUGAGAUUUGUCAUGUGGAAUCAGAAUUUUUUUCCCUUGAAAACUCUUGACCCUGUCUAAAUACUUUAAAUGAUCUGUACUCUUUGUGUCCUGGUCAUUAAUCCAGAAAGUAUGUCACUGUGUACCAAAAAAAAAUUCAAAAUUGUAAGAUUCUAGAUUCUAAAACAAAAGAUUCAAAAUAAAGAUAAGAAAAGGUCAAAUGUGAGUUUCUACAUUUUUAGAUUGUAAAUCUAAAGAUUCUUAAAAAGAUUCAAGACUCUAAACAUAGAUUCUAAAUUUUAAAAAUCUAAAUAUAGAUUCUAGAUUCUGAAAAAGAUUCUAAAUAUAGUCUACAUUCUGAAAAAAAGAUUCUAAGUAAUGAUUGUAAAUUGUGAGAUUCUGAAUUGUAAGACUGUAAAUACAGAUUCUAGAUUCUAAAAAAAGAUUUCAAUUGUGUGAUUCAAAGUGAUUCUGGAUUGUAAAUAAAAGGGCAGUUUCAUUGCAGAGGAUGGGUGAGGAUCUUGCAAGUAUUUGGACAGGGCCUCAAGAUCAUCUGUAGAGAUGUGUGAGUGUGAACAAGUGUGUGUGUUUAUAUUUGUCAAAGGGAUGUCUUUUGUUUUUGUCUUUUUUGUUGAAUUGAUGAGGGUCUGGCCUGCUGAUUGGUGGGUUAGAGAGCCCUGUGUUGAGAUGAUCCACAGGCUGGAGAAAUAAACCACAGAAAGUUUACAGUCCAACUUCUCUGUUAGCCUUUAUGAUCUUUGUUGAUGUGCACACACACAGUUUCAUGGUUGAAAACAAUAGUUUUAUUGAGAACUGCGCAGUUGGUUUUAGUUCCUCGGCAGUGGUUAAUAGGUUGUUGUUGCACAAAGGGGCACCAUGCAGGGUUGUUAAGGAUUUUGUACAUUAUCAUAAUGAUCAAAACUUUUAUAAUCUUGUGCAAGUGCAAGGUUCAUGUUUCAUGGUUAGUUUUGCCUUGCUUUGGUUUAUCACUUGGUGGCGCAGUCAUAGACCUUCUUAGAUAUUCAACACACUGCACUCACAAGACUAAAGCACUGACAGGAACACUUGCAGUUACUCACAGUUAACUACUUGCAGUUAAUGAUCUAAUUAGCCAGUGUUUGCCUUAGAGAAAUAAAAUUGGAGAAACUCAUUAAAAUAUAUUGUAUUUCAUCUUUACUAUGAAAAUAUACAUAUUUUUUAACUAGGAUAUAUUUCUAAGUAUAUUUCACCAAAGCAUUGCAAGUUGUUGAAAAUAAAUUCACACAUUUUUAGUUUAGCAAAUGAAUGAUAAAUGCUGAUUAUAAUAAAUUACCAGAGGAAAACUUGCUUUUAAUAUACAGUACCCCCCUUUUCUGAGCGUGAACGUCUGGUUUCCCAGACUCAUUUCAUCUUUUAAAGCUGCUGAUUGUUCUCAGCACUGCUUCACUUGUGUUUCGAGGCAGAAUAAAAGAAUAAUUGGCUGACGGAGAUUGAGUGGUGUAAGGUUUUGAAUGAAAGGUAAUGUGGCGCUCAUGGUAUGCCUUCAAAAUGUACAGUAACUUCAAUACACAAUAAUUUACCACGUGUUCAGCAAUUUUUUAUAUUGGUCAUGCAAUAUAUCAGGUUUCAUAAUGAGUGUGCAGUAUGUUAUUUAUAUAAUAAUUGCUGUUGUUAAUUUUUUUUUUUUUUUUUUAAAUGCUUUGAAGUGUCAACUUUGAGCACAUAGGAAUUUAUAAAAGCAUUUUAUUUUUAAAGUCAUUUCAUUAAAAUUAGUUUCUUUUGAUGUGAUAAAAAUAGGAAAAAAUGGAACACUGGAAUCUUACAAACAAGAACAAAAGCCUCAUAAACCAAAGCUGCACAUCUACUGCUCAUAUUUAACAGAUGACAGACUCAGCGAUCAGGCCUCACAAUCGGCCUUCUCACAGUCACUCACACUGCACACGAGAUAGAGAGAUAGUCGAUAGUCGGGUUCAGUGUAAUUGAGCAAGAGUGAAUGGCAAUCGAUUUCAAUCCCACCUCAAUCCUUUCUGAGGUGGCGCAAUUUACAGCUCUCUGAUAUGACAGUAUGAAGAAUGGCAGGAAAAAGUGUGAACUCAUCAGAGGCCAUCUGAGGUCAAAGGUAACAUUGUAUGCAAAUAAGUCUCAAGCUCGUGGUCAUUGUUCAAUAAUUAAUUCCAACCCACAAAUUUGACUAGUUAGUCAAGGGGUCAUAAACUGAGAAUCAAAAUUCCCUUGAUCUUUUGAAGAGGUUAUUGUACUAUAACAACAGUUCAAGAACUCAGCUUAUAUUAAGAAAAAAACAGCUUAUAUUGAAGCCUGCCAAAACGAUAUUUUGGAAUGUACCACUCUACGACCUGAUAGUAAUCUAGAUCGCUGCUUGUUUAGCCCCACCCACCGAUAUGCGCUGCACGUGUAAUCGGUAAAUAACGAUAGCGGCGAAUGCAGGUCUACAUAGAAACCGAACUAUAAACUUUAUUUAAAAAUGAAGUUCCAGACCGCAUCAAGAACUUGGUCCUUUGUUCACUUCAUUUUACCGCGGAUUUGUUUGCAAACAAGGCACAAUUCGAUUUUAAGAAAGACUGAAACAAGACGAUGCUGUGCCGACUAUAUUGGAUUUGAUAGUAAUGUAGCAACACAAGUGUGAAACUGUUUUCAUUACGUGAUCGAUAUUGCUUUGUCCCAUUAUUACAGAACGUUUGAUAUGUAUCCAGUAGUGGUGUCAAACGAUUAAUCGCAUCCAAUAUAAAAGUUUGUGUUUACAUAAUAUGUGUGCCUGUGUAUAUUUGGGUCAUUCUUCAUUUGUGGUGGCAAGUGGUGUCCCUCUACUUUACAACAGUUGAAAUAAACUUUAAAUACCAAUAAAUCAUAAAAUGUUUGUAUUCUGUAGGGUAAACACAAUUUGUGCACUGUUAAUAUUUAAAUUUUUGUUUUAAAAUACAUAUUUAAUUGAGUUUUAGAGAUAGCAUUUGUAACAAAAUAUGGAUGUUCCCGCCAUAUCUUAGAGAGGUAUCAUGGAAUGUA